UCUCUCUCUCUCUCUCUCUCUCUUUUCUAUCUAUCUACCCUUUCUUUCUUUAGUAUUUCUUGCCUACCCCUUCUUUUUCUCUCUCACCAUAUAUGUUGUUUCUCUUUCUAUACUUCAUAUUUAUCUCUUGAUAAUCUUCAAGAUCAUUCAUUUUUGUGUGGUGGGUUUUCUCCGUUUGUUGUGAUCUGAUGUCUAAGAAGAUGAAAGGGUUCGCCUUGGAUUCAUCAUCUUAUGGGGCAGAUGAUGAUGCUAAAACCAGGAUCAAGCAUCAAACUCUUAUGCAAGACUACCAAGAACUGCAUAAGGAGUCGGAGGCCAUGAGAGACAAAUUGGAGACGAUGAAACACAGGAAACUAACCUUAUUGGCUGAAGUUAGAUUCUUGCGCCGAAGAUACAAGUACCUAUUGGAGAAUAAAUCUCCAAAUCCCUUGCUAGAACGACAAGUUGUGCAACAACAAAAAUCAGAAAUCCAUCGCAAAAACAGUAUGAUGAUUGGGAUUUACAGCAAAAAGGAGGCUGCACUGCAGAAGUUGCCACCGAUUUUUGAUCCCAACAAAAAGGGAAGAAUGUAUACUGGAAAGCUAGUCAGCCCCCAGAAUACUGCUACAAGUUUUGAAGCAAAUCAAAAGAGAACCCUACAAGGUGGGAAGGAAACUACUCUUCGAAAUGCAACUCCAAAUUUUGAGUUGAAACAACAUAAGCAAACAUUAAAAGGUCGAAAGGAGGUAGCUCUCCAUAAUGUAAUGCCAUCUUCAGAUUCUAACCGCAGGAAAAGGAUAUAUAGAGCAAAGGAAGCUAUCUUUCCAACAUCAAUGCCAGCCAUUGAUUUGAAGCAGAAGGAAAGAAUAUAUAGUGGAAAUGAUGCUGUUCCGCGAAAUCCAGCUCCACCCUUUGAUUUAAAUCGGAAGGAAAACAGUCUCAGUGCCAAAGAAUCUAGUUCGCAGAGAGCUCCAAUUUUUGACUUGAACCAGAUUUCGGGAGAAGAAGAGGAAUAUGAGAAUAGUUUUGAGCCGGUGAGGAUUGAAGAGGCAAAGAAAGGUUUGAUGAGAGACGGAACUGAUGAGCAGCUCAAUGAUUUGAAGCUAUCUGUUUGUAGGAAUAUCGGGGACGGUUCAGCCCGUGUUGGGAAACGCAAGAUUUCAUGGCAAGACCCGGUUGCCUUGAGGGUUUGAACAUUUCUUUAAAAGAUGAAGAGCACAUUAGUUGACCUAAAAAGGUUUGGCCUGCUUCACAAUGGUGUGACAUUUACUCAAUGUAUCUAUAGCCCCUCCUACUUAAUCAAUGAUUUCAUCAUCUUUUGUAAAGUAAAAUCACAUUUAUACAUAGAAUAUAGUCUGAGACGUUGGAAACUAUGAGUGAUGAGUGUGAUGCGUUUUGUUGUUUAGGAUUUGUAGUUUCUUGGGCUUGGUGGACGGCAGGCAGGCAGGCAUGAGCAAGAAAUUUGGAAUCUUGUGAUCGCCCGUUGAUCUCGAGAUAGUCACGUGAAAUGAAUGGGUGGGAUUUAGCUUAAACGUUUGUUAAAACUAAAAUUUGGACUUUAUUAGUAACAGGUGCUGGUUAGGAUGAUGAUAGUACAAGGAAAAUCUGAGUUUUAUGUGUCUGCUAAGCUCUUUUAGGUGGCAAGUAUUAGGCUACAAGUUUGAGAUAACCGGGGAAUAGUUGUUUGGGAAGUUGAUUGUCAUUUGUCCAAACACCAGACUUGGUUUGGUUGCUUGAUGUGCUGACCUAU